AAGCCCGCGAGCGGGGGGCGGGGGUGAGGAGGAGGAGGAAGAGAAGAGUAAAGGGAAAGACGAGCCGCGCGUGCGCAGAAACAAGCUGUACUGGCGGCAGCGGCGGCAGCGGCCGCGCUGGCGAGUGAAGUUGGGUGAAGCCGCUGCCGAUAAAAUGCAUAAGCUUAAAUCGUCUCAGAAGGACAAGGUCCGCCAGUUUAUGGCAGUUACCCAGGCUGGUGAAAGGACUGCCAUAUACUGCUUAAUGCAGAAUGAGUGGAAACUAGAAGUGGCAACAGACAACUACUUCCAGAAUCCAGACUUAUACUACAAAGAAUCCAUGAAAAUUUCAAUAGACAGAAAGAAAUUAGAACAAUUGUAUAACAGGUACAAAGACCCACAGGAUGACAAUAAAAUUGGCAUUGAUGGAAUUCAGCAAUUUUGUGAUGAUUUAAGUCUGGACCCUGCUAGUAUCAGUGUUUUGGUCAUAGCAUGGAAAUUCCGGGCAGCCACUCAGUGUGAAUUCAGUAAAAAAGAAUUUGUAGAUGGCAUGAUGGAGCUGGGGUGUGAUACCACAGACAAGUUAAAAACUCUUUUGCCAAGACUGGAACAAGAAUUAAAGGAUCCAAUGAAGUUUAAAGAUUUUUAUCAGUUUACUUUUAACUUUGCUAAAAACCCUGGGCAAAAAGGUUUAGAUCUAGAAAUGGCAAUUGCAUAUUGGAAUUUAGUGUUAUCAGGAAGAUUUAAAUUUUUAGAUCUUUGGAAUAAAUUUUUAUUGGAGCAUCAUAAAAGAUCAAUCCCUAAGGAUACUUGGAACCUACUUUUAGACUUUGGAAAUAUGAUUGCAGAUGAUAUGUCAAACUAUGAUGAAGAAGGAGCGUGGCCAGUCCUAAUAGAUGAUUUUGUGGAAUAUGCAAGACCAGUAGUCACAGGAGGAAAACGUAAAGCUUCCUAACCAUGACUUCUCAGUGGACUAAUUUUGCAGUCUGAACUGCAUCGGGUAAUGAAGACUUUUGGCCAAUAACUGUGCACACACUGUCUCUGAUUUCAAAAGUUGAGGUGGGAUGCCACUGACAAAACAGAAAUCGCUACUUCUGCUGCAAGAAAAUGAUGGCUGACUCAUGGACACUACAAGAAGAAAUUCAAAAGAUAGCUCAGGCUAUCUGUAGGAUACUGGCUUCAAUUACUGUACUGGUUGUAUUAUAUAGGAUGUAGAUUUUGCAUGAUUUUAUACUUUGGAAAAGUUUAACUCGAGGCCAUUUUAGUAAAAUUUUAACAGCACAGCAUGCCAUUCAGUUCAUAAUACAGGGUGAACACCAGCAGUUACAUAAAUACAACUGUAUUAUAUUGUACUUAUAUUAAAAGCAGUAUUUGUGAUAUAUAAAUUAAAUCUCUAAAUCAAAUA